AUGGCGCAGGCGGUGGUGCCGGCGAUGCAGUGCCAGGUGGGCGUGCGGGGCAGGUCGGCCGUCCCGGCGAGGCAGCCCGCGGGCAGGGUGUGGGGCGUCAGGAGGACCGCCCGCGCCACCUCCGGCUUCAAGGUGCUGGCCCUCGGCCCGGAGACCACCGGCGUCAUCCAGAGGAUGCAGCAGCUGCUCGACAUGGACACCACGCCCUUCACCGACAAGAUCAUCGCCGAGUACAUCUGGGUUGGAGGAUCUGGAAUUGACCUCAGAAGCAAAUCAAGGACGAUUUCGAAGCCAGUGGAGGACCCGUCAGAGCUACCCAAAUGGAAUUAUGACGGAUCGAGCACCGGGCAGGCUCCUGGAGAAGACAGUGAAGUCAUUCUAUACCCACAGGCCAUAUUCAAGGACCCAUUCCGAGGAGGCAACAACAUCCUGGUUAUCUGUGACACCUACACGCCACAAGGGGAACCCAUCCCUACUAACAAGCGACACAUGGCUGCACAAAUCUUCAGUGACCCCAAGGUCACUGCACAAGUGCCAUGGUUUGGAAUCGAACAGGAGUACACUCUGAUGCAGAGGGAUGUGAACUGGCCUCUUGGCUGGCCUGUUGGAGGGUACCCUGGCCCCCAGGGUCCAUACUACUGCGCCGUAGGAUCAGACAAGUCAUUUGGCCGUGACAUAUCCGAUGCUCACUACAAGGCCUGCCUUUACGCGGGAAUUGAAAUCAGUGGAACAAACGGGGAGGUCAUGCCUGGUCAGUGGGAGUACCAGGUUGGACCUAGCGUUGGUAUUGAUGCGGGAGACCACAUAUGGGCUUCAAGAUACAUUCUCGAGAGAAUCACGGAGCAAGCUGGUGUGGUGCUCACCCUUGACCCAAAACCAAUCCAGGGUGACUGGAAUGGAGCUGGCUGCCACACAAAUUACAGUACACUGAGCAUGCGCGAAGAUGGAGGUUUCGACGUGAUCAAGAAGGCAAUCCUGAACCUUUCACUUCGCCAUGACUUGCACAUAGCCGCAUAUGGUGAAGGAAACGAGCGGAGGUUGACAGGGCUACACGAGACAGCUAGCAUUUCAGACUUCUCAUGGGGUGUUGCGAACCGUGGCUGCUCUAUUCGUGUGGGCCGAGAGACCGAGGCAAAGGGCAAAGGAUACCUGGAGGACCGUCGCCCGGCGUCGAACAUGGACCCGUACACCGUGACGGCGCUGCUGGCCGAGACCACGAUCCUGUGGGAGCCGACCCUCGAGGCGGAGGCCCUCGCUGCCAAGAAGCUGGCGCUGAAGGUAUGA